AUGGCGAGCGAUAAAAGUCAAACUCUGCCCAAGGCUGGUGCUAGCCUCUCUGAGCGUAUUGCAGCUCUGCAAAGAAAAACGUCGAAUCCGGUAAGAUCCACCAAUCUUUCCCCACCAGGUACUGCAACUUCGACAGGAUCCGGCAGACUGAGCCCGGGAGAAAGCCCCUCGAGGUCUCCCUCCGGCAGCUCCAGCCUCAACGCCGUGCGCGAGCGUAUUGCAAAGUUUCAGUCGAGCGACGAGAGACCCGUCAUGCCCAGAAGUUCCUUCGGGUCUCCCGCACCUAACCCCGAAAUUCGAAGCGCGCGAAGUCAGUUUCCUGGAGCCAGCGCUGGCAAAGGAACAGGUGCAUGGGGCGAGGGUGUAUUGCGACCACAAAUGACCGGCGGCGUCUGGCUCGGCGCUGGCGCUGGGGGCGGAUGGGGCGAUCCUGCUUCAGCGUCGCUCCGCCCUCAAAUGACUGGUGGUGCUUUUCUCGGCAACGGCACGCCGCGCACUUCGGGUCUUGGUGCGUCAAGGCCAAUGCGAGUAGCUUCGGACAACAUUAUGCACGGAGUGGGUCGAGACGCUUUCGCCGAGCUUGACGACGACCUCGUUCUGACCGGACGCAAUCGUCCAGAGCCGACCGCCACCGCAUCGGCUGACGAAGCCGAAUCUUCCAAAGAAGUACUUGCGAACGGUACCACUUCUAAAGACACUACUGAAGCGCUGCCGAAGCUGCCCGACACACCCACGGCUGAGAUUGAUCUCGCAAAGAUCCAUGCAAGCUCUGGCCUUCCAGAAACGUCUGCACCUGCCGCCAUUCCCGACUUCCCUGAGGCACCUUCUUCCGCGCUGAAAGAAACACAUAAAGUCAAUAGUGCAUUUGAGGCUGCCAACGCGAACCCCGAUACGUCGAUAGAGAUUGGCAUUCAUGGACGAUCCGCUGACGAUGUCGAGCGCAUCCGCCAACGCGCGCAGGACUUGCAGAUAUCCGAUGAGUCGGACAUGGCUGCCGACAACGAGCCUUGGAUCGCACCUUCGCCAGCUGACCCGGCCGGUCAGGUACCGAAACCGAUCGAUACGAACGAGAUUCUUGCUACCCAGAGUCAGUCGUCUAAGGAUGAUGGCCCAGAUCCUUGGGUGCAAGGAUAUGGCAAUCCCGCGGUGGACCGCGACCUCACGACCGGUGGUCUUGGUACCGAGGCACCGCGUACACCAGCAGAAUACUCAGCUCCGGGAACUUUGGCUGAGCGCGCUCAAGUUGAACGGACCGACUCGGGUCGCGUUGAUCCUCUAGAUCCAGCAGCUCACCAAGUACGCGGACCAGGCUUGCUCGUGCCGCGAGAUGAGGUUGCCGAAGCGCAGGAUCUCGGACCUAGCGCUGUCAAAGCACCCCUGGCAGAAUCUCCAUCAACAAGCAACGCCAGCGUCACCGGGUUGACAGCAUCCACGCCAUUCGGCUUCAAUGGCCGCCUCGCUUCGACACUGACGCCAGCUGAAAAGGCGAAGCAGGCAGUAGCGAUGGGCCGCACAAAGAGUCAGUCGCAGCGUUUGCGUCGUCCACCACCAGGCACUGUCCUAUCAGCCGCAGACCUUGACGCCAGCGAUGACGAAUACGAGCCAGGCUGGGCGAGUGUCACCAGUGUAAUGUCUUCGUCGCGCUCAUGA